AUGAAUUUCUGGAGCUACAUAUUCAGAAUCAUUUCCUUUUUACAAACUAUACUCGGAAUUCUGGGAAAUUUCUCUCUUAUAUUCUACUAUCUAGUCCUUUACUACAGAGAAUGCACAUUAAAGCCCACAGAUUUGAUUCUCAUGAAUCUAAUGACAGCCAAUGUCAUGAUCAUUCUCUCAGCAGGAGUGCCCCACACAAUGACUCGUUUUCUGUUGAGGCAAUUAUUGAAUGAUUUUGGAUGUAGAUUAAUUUUAUACAUUCAAAGAAUUGGCCGGAGUAUGUCCAUUGGAACCUCCUGCCUCUUGAGUGUCUUCCAGGCAAUGACCAUCAGUCCCAGGGAAUCCUGUUGGAAGUAUCUUAAAGUCAAAGCUGCCAAGUACAUUGGCUGCUUCAUUACCUUUCUUUGGGUCUUCUAUGUAUGUAUGCAUUUCAUUUUCUUUAUAUACCCAUUUAUCAAAAGGAAUAACAAAAGCAGGACAAGAACACUAGAUGUUGGACAGUGCUCUAUUGAAGUUCACAAUGAAAUCGGUGACUCACUCUUUGCAGCAAUGGUGGUGUUCCCUGAAGUCCUUUUUUCUUUGCUCAUCACCUGGACCAGCAGCUCCAUGAUUGUCUUUCUGUACAGACACAAGCAGAGGGUUCAACAUAUCCGAAGCACUCAUGAUUCAAGCAGAACUUCCCCUGAGUCCAGAGCCACCCAGAACAUCUUUGUCCUGUUGUGUACCUUUCUAGCUUUUAAUACUCUCUCUUCCAUCUUACAAGGCUAUACUGCUUUUCUGUAUAAUCACAACUGGUGGCUGGCGAACAUCACUUGCCUUACUUCUCUGUGUUUUCCCUCUUUGGGGCCCUUUGUUCUUAUGAACUAUUAUUCCCUUGUAUCCAGAUUCAGAUUUUCCAGGAGGAGGAAUAAACAUUGUUCAAUCUUAUUUUAA